UUUUAUAACACACAUUAAAAGCAAAGCGGAGAGUGAAGUUUUGUUGGGAUUGGAGUGUUUUUCAAACAGGCGCAUUACCGGACACUUAGGCGGAAGUAAACAGCUGAAGCUUCAUGUAAUAUAUGCUCUAGUUUUGUUAUUCACUUUUGGUUUAUUACAUUGAUAAACAUGGACAGGUUUUUUUGGACAAAUGGGCUACUUGAGAUGGACGAAACGUUAGUAAUUCAGCAAAGAGGAGUGAGACUUUACGAUGGGGAAGACAAGGCUAAACUUGAUGUGGGAGUUGUUCUUCUCAGCACCCAUCGCCUUCUCUGGAGGGACCAGAAAAAUAAUGAAUGCUGUAUAUGCAUACCCUUGUCACAAGUCAUAUUCUUUGAGGAGCAAGCAGCAGGCAUUGGAAAGAGUGCCAAGAUUGUCAUUCACCUGCAUCCUGUCCCGGAAAAUAAGGAGCCGGGCCCCUACCAGCAGAGCAAGUACUCUUAUAUAAAGCUGUCCUUCAAAGAACAUGGGCAGAUUGAGUUUUACAGACGUCUAACUGAAGAGAUGACUCAGAAACGAUGGGAGAAUACACCUGUCUCACAGCCCAUCCCCACAGGAGUAGGACCCAAGGCAGGAAGAACACGUGCAGUGGGGAUUGUGGGUAUUGAACGGAAGCUGGAAGAGAAGAGAAAAGAGACAGAUAAAAACAUUUCUGAGGCCUUUGAGGAUCUCAGUAAACUGAUGGAAAAGGCCAAAGAAAUGGUGGAGGUCUCCAAAUCCAUUGCCAACAAAAUCAAAGACAAACAGGGUGACAUCACAGAAGAUGAGACUAUCCGCUUCAAGUCUUAUUUGCUGAGUAUGGGUAUAGCCAACCCAGUGACCAGAGAGACACACGGCUCAGGCACACAAUACCACAUCCAACUCGCCAGACAGCUGGGAGACAUACUGCAGGCCCCACUGGAGGAGCGUGGAGGAAUGAUGGCCCUCACUGAAGUGUACUGUUUGGUGAACCGAGCCCGUGGAAUGGAGCUUCUCUCUCCUGAGGACUUAGUCAAUGCCUGCAAGAUGUUUGAAUCACUGAAGCUUCCUCUACGGUUGCGAGUAUUUGACAGCGGCGUUAUGGUGGUUCAGCUCCAGUCCCACAGUGAAGAGGAAAUGAUUGCCUCAGCUCGAGAUAACGUGUCUGAUAAAGGCUCCCUCACAGCCGAAGAGUUUGCCAAGCUGUUGGGACUGUCAGUUCUGCUUUCUAAAGAAAGAUUGUUAUUAGCUGAAAAAAUGGGUCACUUGUGCCGAGACGAUUCAGUAGAAGGCCUGCGUUUUUAUCCCAACCUGUUCUGACGCAUGAGGCCGAUAUGUUAUCAAACCCAGCUGGCUCUUAGCUCCUGUUGGCCCACGGAUCCCUCUCAGAACGGAUAACUCUUUAGUGGGCACCUACUUUCCACUGUAUUUGUCAAUAGGGUCUUUCAUAAAUGCUGGUUACGGUACUUGCGUACAUUACCACAUCUUUUUUUUUCUUUUUCUGUGCCUAACAUGCUUAGUGAUUUCCACAGCCUUUAAUGAAAUGGAGAUGACAGAAAUGUUCAUGAGGAUGCUGAGGACAGUUUUCUUGUUUAAAUCAGUUAUGUUGAUAUUGUGACUCCAGCGCAUGUUUAAUGCAUAAACAUAUGUGUGCAUUACAUAUGCAUCAAACUGUUGUGUAAACACAUGAGGAAGAAUGUAAGGAAAUUUGUAUUAAAACUCAAAAAAAAAGGCAAAAUAACCAGAAAAUCAUCAAAUCAUCAAAAUAAUUCAGAGAGACCCUUAAUGAAAGCAAUCUACAUUUCCCCUUAUGGAAGCAUAAAGUCUUCCACAGUUAAUUUGGACCAUUGUGUGAAAAUAAUAUAUCUAAAAAAAUAAUAAACAAAAAAAAAAAACAUUUUUCUUUCA